AGUAAUGGGGGUGAACGAUGACAAGGGAUUGCAAAUGAGUGUUGCUUAGUUCCUACUGUCAGUGAAUGCACCAGCACACUCCACCUCCUGAAGUGUUUACAUGGUGGGCGCCUCUGCUAAACGGUCCGGUGACUUUGAGUAACAUUCAGGUGGCGUGUAACUCUUUAAACAUUUAAUAUUAAACAAAUUGAAUUGCAAUACAGCCAGUAAUUAUUACUAAAGUGACAAGAAGAGUUGAAGAUAUUUGAAACGGAUAUGACUUCCCAAAUCCGACAAAACUUCCAUCAGGAUUGCGAGGCUGCAAUCAACAGACAGAUCAACUUGGAGCUGUAUGCCUCCUAUGUUUAUCUCUCAAUGGCAUACUAUUUUGACAGGGAUGAUAAAUCCCUAGAAAAUUUUGCUAAAUUCUUCAAUGCCCAGUCGAAAGAGGAGCGUGAGCAUGCAGAGAAGCUGAUGAGUCUGCAGAACAAGCGGGGAGGCAGAAUUUUCCUGCAGGACAUUAAGAAACCCGAUAGAGACGAGUGGGGGAGUGGCCUGGAGGCCUUGGAGUGUGCUUUGCAGCUAGAGAAAAGUGUAAACCAAUCCCUGCUGGAUCUGCAGAAAAUGGCAGCCGAACACAAUGAUCCUCAUAUGUGUGACUUUGUAGAAACACAUUUUCUGGAUGAGCAGGUUAAAUCCAUCAAACAGCUGGCAGACUGGAUCUCAAACCUGCGUCGCAUGGGCGCUCCUCAGAAUGGGAUGGCCGAGUACCUCUUUGACAAGCAUACCAUGGGAAAGGAAGCCAGUUAAACUGAGUAGCAAAUCAUCAUCCAUCUUCACCUCUGGGGAAGCAUUCUGUGUUAAAGGUCACGUAAAAUUUCUCAAAAUAUCAUGUCAUGUGGCAUCAUAGCUAUUUAUGCAUCAACCUUCCGUGGCUAUAUUUAGAUAAACGUGUUUGGAGUGUAGAGCAUGCCAAAGUAACAUUUAUCAGUGGUUGUAUGAUGGGAAAAGUUCUCCUUCACAGCUGGGUUAAGACCACCCUAUGUUCUCCAGAAUUUACAAAACCAUUUGAAUAAUCAAAAACCUCAUUGUAGCGAGGAGGCAAGCAAUGCCAUACUGCCUUGUUAGUACUAGGCACAUGUACAACUCCAGAAAAAAUUAAGAGACCACUUAAAAUGAUCAGUUUCUCUGAUUUUACUCUUUAUAGGUAUGUGUUUGAGUAAAAUGAACAUUGUUGUUUUAUUCCUUGAACUACUGACAGCAUUUCUCAGAAAUUCCAACCAAAAAUUUAGUAUUUAUUUGCAGAAAAUGAGAAAUAGUCAAAAUCAUGAAAAAAAUGCAGUGCUUUCAAAUGUCAAAUAAUGCAAAGAAAACAAGUUCAUAUUCAUUUAGAAACAAUAAUACUAAUGUUUUUAUUCAGGAAGAGUUCAUAAAUCAAUAUUUGGUGGAAUAACCAGGAGGUUUUCAAUGGGGCUUGGUGCAGUGGGCUCUUCAUUUUAUCCAGAGCCGUAUUUGUUCUUGUUCCAUUAUUGGCUAUUCUACUGCAAUGGGGUUGCCACAUGGAAUACCUCUACACUAGGGUUUUCCCUCAUAAUAUGCAGAAUUUACCUAUAACUGUAGGCGGUUUCUGGACCUAAAUCAUCAAUUUCAGCCUUAAUGCAAAGGAGCAAACUUUAUCUUCGUCAGCUUUCUGACAGCACAGGAGGGUACACUUGAAGGGUUUUCUGUGCUGAACUCAGUAGACCAAUGUAAUUAUUUUUAUUUGAGAUAUUUCACAAGUUCAGGAUCCACACAGAACGUCCUCAGGAUGGGUUUUUUGAUAAUCACUGCUUCAGUUUAUUUUUAGAGUUGUUCUGUCUUUAUUGUAAAAUUAUUUCAGAAAGCCUUCUCAUCCUUCUCACCGCCCUCCAGAUCUAAAUACAAAACCACGGCUACUGUUAGACAUCAAUGCAAAUUCAUUUCAUUCAUUCUGGACAUGAUCUUUCAACAAUCUCCUUGUCUAUAUUUGCAGUUUAUUGCUAUUCAAACACAAGCAUUCAUACUCCAUAAGUAGCACAACACAAAAAAUCUUCUGGGCAAAAUGCACAAGCGUCAUGCAGAUUUAUUUUUCUGGGCGCAGCAAUGCUGCUUCCAGGCUCUUUCCUGUAGAAUUUGUAAAUAAUGUCCUACCACCAGGAUGUCUGGAGAAACAUUGCUAAGCUGCUCAUGCAUUAUAGGGACCACUGACUCUUGAGGUUGUGGUGCGGUCUUGGACCACUGUGAAGGAGAACUUGCUGAAAGAUAUGCAUAUUUUCCAACUGUAAAAUAGUUUUGCUUAUAACCGAUGAUGCAUUGGUUUCUUUCAUUAGGAUUAUAGCCAUAACCUGCACUUAGAACUGAAUUACAGUCUUAGAAACAAAGCCAUAUACUCAGUUUAAAUAGUGAAAAUAGUAAGGAUUAAAUUUAAUUUUUUUCUAAAUUGAUCUUUUCAUUAUUCAAAGUGACGGAUACCCAUUACAUCGUAUGUUUUCCAAACUUUGUUCAUUAUUGAAAAACAUUGUUUUGUUGUUAUAAUUUUCUCAUUUUUGGUCAGUUUCUUCACAACUUUUAAAGUUUGAGUUCAGUAUUCUGUAGUUACUUUACAACAUUGAAUAUUCUUGUACGUACAUAAAGCUUAUGAAAAUAAAGCAAUAAUAUUCAAA